AAAAAAGUAAGCUUCCUGAAAAUCUGUUGAGAAAUGAGCAAGAUACGAUUUAAUUUCAAUAUCCAUACAUCGCCUUUGAUAGGAAAGUCGCCCCUGCUAACAUGGCCGCCACGUAGGCAUGUUGGUUAGCCGGGGUGCCUUCAUAUUGGUGGUCUCAAUUAUUGUGGGCGCUCAAAAUUUGCAGGAAGCUACAACGUGUCGUUCUGUUUGUCCUGGCACUGUGUCGUUGGGGGCUCGAAUGCGCUGGUUCGGCUUCGGCUUUAACGCCUUUGGACAGAUACAUGGCGGUGAUUUUGCUAUUGACGACGACACCACCAAUGAAGUUAAAUUGAUCACACCGACACAGUUGACGUGUCAUGUUGACGGAAGCUGCUGCAAGAAAACAAGUGGACUCCGAGCGAGUUGGAGUCGUAGAGCAUCCCUUCACUCGAAUGGUGGUCGCUGUUUGUGCUUGGCAGGUUUCAAGGCUGCGAGUGGGAUUUAUGGGACAGGGUGCACGGACGCAGUUAUCGGGGAGUCUUUCUUAAUCCUCGCUUUUCCAGACAGAAUUGAAUCAUGGGACAUGGACAACGACGAGAAGAAGACUCCAGUCUGGAGCAUGGAACUCAAAACAACGUCCGAUAGUGCUGGUAAUAAUACCCCUCUGAAUCUGCCAUUAAUCACUGAUGGUUACAUUGCCAUAAAACCUCCCUUCUACCGGCCAUUAUCUCCACACCUGAAGGCCACCAGACUGGCAAUGGGUGCAGAGCACAGCGUUCUCCUCAGCGCCUCUGGAGCUGUGUACACCUGGGGACUGGGCAGUCACGGUCAGUUAGGGCACGGGGGCCUCUCAUCUGAAGAGCAGCCCAGGGUAGUGGAGGCUCUUUGGGGCAUGACCAUGAGCUGUAUAGCCACAGGAGGCUGGCACACUGUCUGCAUUAGUGAUGGGGGUGACCUGUAUGUGUGGGGCUGGAACGAGAGUGGCCAGCUUGGACUUCCCUCGCGAGCUGUGAGGCAGGCACAGCAGCAUCAAAGUAGUCCAGCAGCAGCAGACUCGUCGUCAUAUACGGAUACACCAGAGGGAGAGAAGGACAAAGAAGUGUUUAUAUCCAUCCAGGCAUUCCCAGCACUAUUGGACAUCACUCCAUCGUGUGAGGUGACGGUGGUUGGCUGUGGCUCCCGACACACAGCUGCAGUGACAUCUGCAGGUGAUCUCUACACAUGGGGAUGGGGUCAGUACGGUCAGCUGGGAUACGAGGCAUCCUGUUCCGACGAGCCGCACCGUGUGGAGUUCUUCACGAAACAACAGAUGCGUGUCGUCAAUGUGACAUGUGGGACGUGGAAUACUUUUGCUGCUGUUGUCAAGGAGGAAGUGGCAGCCUCUUAAAUAUGGAAUCCUAUAGAUAAUCAUGGACUUUGUACUAUAUCCAUAGGGAACUGACAACUUUAAGACUUGAAUUAAAGUAUUUGUAUAUGCUCAAAAAUGUGAAAUUACAGCUUUUGUGAAACUUUUUAUAUGGAAAUAGAGAGCGAUUUAAAAAUCAGAAGUGGGGGUGAUUUACAUAUAAAAGUAAAGCCAAUAAAAUCCAUAUACGUAAUUUACAGCAAAUAACUACUUUAUAUAACUGAUUAAAUAAUAUAGGUAGAUGAUCAAUUUCCAUCUUCACAGCACAAUCUUGAAGGAACUG